AUGAACCAGCAAAAGAUUGAAAAUCAGCGUUCGCACGAGGAAUUCACCUUCAUGGCCAACUUCUUGUUCAAGAGCUUGGGAUACGAUUUAAUGGAUUCACCCAGGCCCAGCCCAAGGACCAGAUGGGUGGUAAUGCUCCAAAGGAGUUACUUUAUGCUCUGCAUAGUGAGCACUUUCUACGAGGCAUUCAUGCUGACCCUUAGGAUCAUUCAGUGGGAGUCCUUGGCCGGAAGUCCCUCUAAAAUAAUGAGAAACGCUCUGCACUUCUUUUACAUGGUCAGUGCACAGGUGAAAUUCAUCACAUUUAUGGUAUAUCGAAAAGAAUUGCGAUUGCUAAAUAAUAAUCUUAAGGAUUUGUAUCCUUCUGAUGAGCAGAAGCGAAAGGAGUACGACGUCAACAGUUUCUACCUCUCUCGAAGCACUCGAUAUUGUGUUUAUUUCUACUACUUUGUAAUGAUCCUAAUGGCGUUUGGUCCUCUCAUUCAGUCGUUUAUUGUGUACUAUGUGUUUGAAAAAGCAGAGUUUCCCUAUCGAAAAAUCUUCCCGACGCAACUUAGCUUUGAUUCGCAAACACCUUUUGGGUAUCUUGUGGCCUAUGUGCUCGACCUAACUUACAGUCAUCUCAUAGUGAACAUAAGUCUGGCCGCCGAUCUCUGGAUGAUGUGUAUGUCGAGUCAGGUCUCAAUGCACUUUGCCCAUCUGGCAAAGGUUCUAACCUCCUACCGUCCAAGCCGAGAAAGAGAAGAGGAAGAUUGCUACUUCCUGCGCACUCUGGCCAAGAAACAUCAACUAAUACUUCGAGUUCACAAGGACGUUAACGAAGUUUUUGGAAUACUCCUGGCCUCUAAUUUGUUCACCACUGCCAGCUUACUUUGUUGUAUGGCUUACUAUAUCGUGGUGCAGGGAGUCAACAUGGAGGGUUCUUCGUAUAUGAUGCUUUUCGUCAGUGUUUCUGGCCAGUUUUACAUGGUCAGUGCACAUGGGCAAAAGCUCAUCGACUUGAGUACAAGCAUAGCUGCCGCUGCCUACGAAAAUAAGUGGUAUGAUGGAUCGUUGCGAUAUAAAAAGGAAUUACUCUAUAUUAUGACCCAGGCCCAACGUCCUGCGGAAAUAUCAGCCAAGGGCAUAAUUAUUAUUUCACUAGAGACCUUUAAGAUAUUGAUGUCCAUGACAUAUCGAGUCUUUGCUGUUUUGCGCCAGACUGUACAGUAA